UCUUUUCAUCACGUGCAAGCUUCUAUUGAUGUUGUAACUUCAUUAUGUACAGACAAUAACCCUGUUAAGUUAACGUAUACUAAUCCGUACCUGUUAGAAUUAGACAUUCUGAUGUCAAAAUAUAAAACGAAAAGCUUAGUGUUGUCAUGAUAUAUACAGCAAUUAUAGAUGGAAAGGAAUGGUUGUCAGACAUAGAAAUACCACAACUUCCAUUGUAUUGAAGUACAAUUUUGUUUAAUUUCAUGGUGGAGUUCUUGGUUGUUAAAACCUUGUCAUCCCGAACGGGUGCAGGCUAAAACGGCACCUCAGCAAAACGCAUUUGGCGAAAACGGCUACUAUGUGUCGGGCGAUUCCAACAGGUUGCAAUGUGUUGAGCCAUUUUCUGGAAUAUUAGUAAACGUGGCAAACUGGCCUUCUAGUUGAACCAGAGAAUCAUCUGUAGGAACUGGCGUCAUGGACAGUGACGAUGAAGGUUUACCAGGAGCAUAUAUGAUUAACAUUCUAAGACAAAGAGAAACAUCUGUAGGAACUGGCGGCAUGGACAGUGACGAUGAAGGUGUACCAAGAGCAUAUAAAACGGAGCUUUUAAGAAGAAGAGAUUUACACAGAGUUCAUAUGAGAAGGAGAUUGGCCUUUGGGAAGUCUAUAUUGGUGUAUGACAUCCGAGAAAAGGAGGCAGUUAUUCAAAGCAAAUCAGAAUAUGUGCCUAUCACUAAUGUUCCAAAACAAAAGUAUAGGUUGGUUCUAGCUGGACAUUAUGGCCUGUGUGAAGAAUUUGUCUAUUUUAACCCUGAGAAGGAGAUUGCAGUUAUCCAUGACAACACAGAUUUACUGAUCAUUUUUAUGUAUUUCCAAACAAAUCUGAGAGUGGAUUCAUCAUUUCCAUAUGCACGGGAAUCAAGGGAACCUCGAAGAUGUAUUGGCCUUGCCCCAACAACCCUUAUUGGUACAAUGAAAUCAAUCAUAUGUGACAAUAAACAUUUCAACGAAGGUGAAUCCCUGUGUCUGUUUCAUAACGGGAAACGGUGCGAUGAGGAUUCAGUGACAGUUGGUUCACUUUUUAAAAAUGGAGAAGAUGUUGCAUGUAUUGCCAAAUUAAAUGUGACUGUACCCUGUUUCUACAUGCCAAGGCUAAACAUGGAAUACAAAUGUACCAUCGACUGUUUCAAUACAGACACUGUUGGCGAGAUGAAACAAGUGUUCAAAAACUCUUUCUGCACUGAGUUUCCAGGACUUGCAUCUGGCGUUGAUGAUGUCUGGUUCUCUGUUGGCAAAAAACUUGAGAACGAUGACAAAUAUUUCUUCUUUGGUCGACGGAAAACAUUGCAAUUACUUGAGAGAGAACGGCUGGUUGUGCACGUCAAGCAAGCAAGUUCAUUUCCGAUUAUCUUGAGAAUGAAUUUCCAAGAACAUACAUCUCAAAUCUUGCUGAUGUCAGCUCCCUUCACGACAGCUGCACUUCGACAAGAAGUCUCACAUUUGACCGGACAACCACCAAGUGCCCUGCAUCUGUACACUGACAACAAGAAGCUGAAAGAAAUGGUGUUGUCGGAAUCGGUUGGUAUUGGUCCAAAUUGUGUAGUACUGGCUAAGGUUGCAAAGCAGAUACGAGUCCUGGUCACAUUGCAUUGUGAAGGAUCAACAAAGAGCAGAGCUGUUCAACUGUUCAAGCUUGACUCUGUACAGCGCCUAAAGGAGAUAACAGAGGAGCAAGGACAUUUUGCAGCCUGCCAGCUCCAGAUGAUCUUCAAUGGAAACGAACUGGAAAAUGAAAGGCUUAUGCAGGAUUACCGUAUAAGGCAUGAUGACAGUAUUGCUGCAUGGGUUUUUUCAAAGCCAGAAUAUAUCCUAGUACGUCAGCCUGGAAGCGAAUGUCUUCAUCUCACAGUUGAUGGAUUGCAAUAUACCAUUAGGAGGCUAAAGGAGUACCUUGCACGUACACUGGGAUGCUGUUAUGUCAUGAUAAACAUGAUUCACGGAGGUAGAUGUCUUCAGGAUGAUGAGACUUUAGAACAGUGUGGACUUGUGUCUGGAAGCACUAUACUGAUCCCAAGAAUUGCCAUGCAAGAGCAGUCAGCACACGAAGGAAUACUAAAAGUGUUUAUGUCGCAAGAAGAUGGCUCUUUCCAAAUAGCAUUUGCCAAAGAGGCAGCAGGAAUUUUGUUCUAUGCUCCAGAGUCCAUCCCUUGCGACAGAUUUGAGAAACAUAGCACGAAGAGCGUUGCCCUUGAUGAAGAUUAUCGUUGGGGCAUCAUAUCAAGGAGGUUGUCUAAAGAAAUCAAACUAGGGCCUUGUAACCCCAAACCCAUUCACCACAAUGAAGUAGUUCAUCAUUCAACUCAGCAUGGCUCAGAACCAUCAACAUCAAGGUCAUGUACUGAUUCACUUGCACCCGAGUCAAGCAGAGAUAAUGCUUACACCCAAAAGAAAGACCCACAAAGACUUACAGAUAAAGUAGUUCAUCAUUCAAAUCAGCAUGGCUCAGAACCAUCAACAUCAAGGUCACUUGCACCCGAGUCAAGCAGAUGUAAUGCUUACAUCCAAAAGAAAGACCCACACAGACUUAAACGUACACAUCAAAACUGUGUUGGUUACCAUACGGAACCUGAAUAUGUUCCGUUAAAGAGAUUUAUGUACCGUGAAGAGUUAAGAGAAAACAAUGGACGUUACAUUCAAACUAAAGUGUCAGUGUUAGAUGUUUCCAAAUCUAGUGCUGACGAAGGAUUUCCACACAUUGUUCAGACACCAAGUGUACAGUCUCCAGAGAAAGUAAUGUCUACUUCCACGGAACAUGAGCUUCACAGAUCGCCAAGCCUACAGUUUCCUGUUGGAGCAAUUCAAGACUCUAUGCUACAAGCUGUCUCACAACAACUUGGGACUGACUGGAAACGUGUUGCCGUGGAACUUGGGUUGAAUCACAAUGACACUGAAAACUUGGAACACAACUGCAGUCGAAACCUCCAGGAACAGGCUUUGCAGGCUUUGCUGCUUUGGAGAAAACGUUUCUCUAAAGAUGCUACUUGUGCAAAACUGAAAAAUACCCUCCGGGAAUGUGGCUUAGCUUUGAUUGCUGACUCAAUGGAUGAGAAUAUGCAAUAUGCAACUACUUAAAACAUUCCAAGUGAACUUCUGGCAUAUGAACAACUGCUUUUUAGCUAUUUAUUAUAUGUAUAUAUUUGCAACCUGCUUUAUUGUUCUAGGUUGAAACAUCCAUGGUGUAAUAGAUGGAGUUUAGUUCGGUGAUUGGAUAACAUGGCCGCAUCAUACCAAAAUACGUUAAAAAACGGUACUUGUUGUUACCCUACCAGGCGCUUGGCAUUAAGGGAUUCAGAUUCAGUGUACUGUGUCUGAACGAGUACCCAUGUUAAACUGCGGUGUGGUAUCUCAGUGAGUUAGCACACUGAAAUCCGGACUAGUGCAAGCAACCACAAACGAGAUGCUUAAGUGACAUAAUAAUCGUAGGUGAAAUAACCUUGACGCAAUCUUAAACUUUAUUUCACCUCACCUCUAACAUGUUCAUAAAGUAUGUACUUUGUUUUCAAUGUGUGCCACUUAAUGACAAAACUCACAAGCAGUCAAGUGUUACCAGAGAGUGACACUAGUCUUAUCACGUAAUGCUGCAAGUGAUUUCCAAAGUUUACACGCUAAUCCCGCACAAGACAAAUGGUGCAUCUCGAGUCAUGGAUCUAUGACGUAACAUGUGUAGCGUUCACAAAACAUACCAAUAUGUUCGUUUGGGCAUCAAACCAAUCAAAUAUCUCUUGAAUAUGAAUAAGUCUAUAUAUACAUACACAUAAUUUUGAGAUGAAAAAGAAACUUUUUAUAAUAAUUAUCUGCACUGUUUAUGAGAGGCUAUGCAUGUAUAUAAUAUGUUGACACGCUGUGGACCAUCCUUGUAUUUUCCUUUAUGAUAGAUAAUCCGGACCCAUAGAAAGGAGGUGUGAUACACUGGCUCAUCGAGGAUGGUUGUCACCCGCAUCUUCAUUCUCUGGCCGAAGUUAGCAAUGAAUAAUGGUCAAAUGUUAUGCCUUAAUAGUGUUUAACAGAUAAAGGGUUGACAAGUUGUCAAAUCGGCCAGAAAGAAAUGUUAAAUGUCCCACAUUGUGACUCAAAUUAUUUUUAGGUUGAAAGUUUACAUAAUUAUUUAAUACCAGACAUAGGUGUCUUUGAAAAAUAACCCUGGUCAUUUUGUUAAAUGUGGCACACGUAUGUUGAAAGUAUGUGAAAUACGGAACACAUGGUGUGUAUUCUGUGUAUUGCAAAACUUUAACUUUUGAUCUUUAUGUGCUGCUGUUGAUGCCAUGGCAAUCAUAUUACUGCUGUAUAUUUUGGUCUGCUACUAUUCCUGCAUCUAUGUUUUGUGUAGACACUUCUGUUUACCCUUGUAUCGUUUGUGAUACAGUGUUGCAUGCUUGAAGUCUCUGACAAGCAUCAAUCUCUCAUUGUGAACCAGCGGAUGAUUACCGUCAUGUGUGGCACGUAAACAAAGCUGGCCUGUUUAGGGAUAAGCUGCUGGCAGAUGAUGUCAUUUCCUUGUUUGAAGAAUGUCUACAAUCUAUGUCUUAAAGUAUUGAAUGUUGCCAUAGAAAAAAUUACAGAUGCAAUUUGAUAGGCUGUAGAUGAUGUCAUUUCCUUGUUUGAAGAAUGUCUACAAUCUAUGUCUAAAAGUAUGAAUGUUGCCAUAGAAAAAAAUUACAGAUGCAAUUUGUUAGGCUGUAGAUGAUGUCAUUUCCUUGUUUCAAGAAUGUCUACAAUCUAUGUCUAAAAGUAUGAAUGUUGCCAUAGAAAAAAAUUACAGAUGCAAUAUGUUAGGCUGUAGAUGAUGUCAUUUCCUUGUUUGAAGAAUGUCUACAAUCUAUGUCUAAAAGUAUGAAUGUUGCCAUAGAAAAAUAUACAGAUGCAAUAUGUAAAACGUGAAACGUAAACGGGCCUGCUUUGCACAGAAAUCUCAACAAUCAUGGCAUGAUCAGGAGUGUGAGUGUUAUCGAUGUGAGAGAGACAGGUGACUUAAAGUGUUAAGAUUGAAUAAAGAUGAUAGUAAUUUGAAAUAAUAAUAUGGACGAUGUCAAUGUUUAUCUUGGGGAUAUUUGAUUUUGAUGCAUUUACUGCCGACAUUUUGGAUUUACCAAUUACUCAAGAGGAGGCGGCAGCUGCUUUGGACAAUCUCAAAACUUCAAAAUCGCCCGGGAAUGAUAAUAUCACUGCCGAUUUUUUUAAGCAUGCAAGUGAUAUUUUAUUACCGCUUCUUACUGUUUUUUAAAUCGACUUUUUAGGGUUCUGUUUUCCCAGAAUCGUGGUCGAUAGGAUUGAUAGUGCCAUUACAUAAGAAGGGAGAUCUUAAUUCUACAUCUUACUAAGAGGUAUAACAAUUUUCAGUGUUUUUAGUAAAAUUAAAAUUUUAGUUUUGAAUGCGAGAUUAAGAUUUUGGUGUGAUGCGUAUGAAAAACAAUUCGGAAUCGCAAGCCGGUUUCUGCAGGGUUAUUCAGCUGUGGAUAUUGUUUUAAUAUGACAGUCUGUUGUUGGUCGUCUCUUGGGGGAAAAAGAAAGGCAAAUUAUAUGUUUAAUUUUGUGGAUUUUGCUAAGGCUUUCGAUUUAGUCAAUCGUUCAAAAUUAUUGUCAGUCCUACAACACAAUGGGGUUUGGCCUAAAAUGUUGUGUUGUAUCAUGACUAUUUUUGAAAGUGUAAAAUCGUGUGUUAAAUUUAUUACUUUACUUUUAGAUAUGUUUGACUGUAGCGUGGGAGUUUGUCGGGGAUGUGUCUUAAGCCCCUUGCUGUUUUCAUUGUUCAUUAAGGAUCUUGUUGAUCAAGUACAAAUAUCAUGCUGUCCUGGCAUCCGGACUUGACUCAUUUACGAUAUUGUUAGAUAUGAGUCAUGGUUAAACCAUUUGGGCAUUAAAGUUAAGAAAGUUAUUAUUUUAAAUGGAAUUUAGCCAUGUUUAUUUCUCUAUCCAUAAGUUUCGUGUAGCUUUAGCAAAGUUUAGAUGUAAUUCUCACCAACCAAAAAUUCGGACUGGCAAAAAUGCAAAUGUUCCAAGAAAUGAAAGGUUUUGCAAUGUUUGUAAAAAAGGUUUCGUUGAGGAUGAGUAUCAUUUCUUGUUUGUGUGCACGAUGUAUGCCGAACUGCGUGAACAGUACAUUCCAAGAAAACUACUAUGUAUUUCCCACAUCGCAUAAAUUCAAUGUCUUGAUGUCAAGUGAUAAAUGUAAUAUCAUAAGAAAUUUGGCUAUGUAUAUUUAUAAGUCUAUGCAAUUAAGGCCAAAACUGCUGAUGUAAAUUUCAAUUAUAAUAGUGGCUGCUGUACAUUGGUUGUGACACGGGACGAUGGCCUACGUAACAUUGCUGAAUAAACAACAAUGUCAUGUUAAGCCUUCACAUAGUGUGUUCAGUGUGCACAUGAAAAAAGGUUUUGACAUGACAGAUAUGUUUGCUUAAUCUAAUCACCACACAUGUAUGUAUCUGCAUCGCUAUUUCAAGCUUUACCGUUUGUGUCAUUCUUGUAUCUUUAUUUGGGGUAUUUUUUGGUCAAUAAAACUUUGUAAUACGUA